UGCAAAGUGUCAGUACAAAUAUUCCACAGGGUCACUUCUCUCAUACCGUCCAGCUCAUCACAACGCAUCUCUCGUCAAAUUACAAGUGGGAACACUUCCUGGAACGCAAGAAUCAUCUCCGGUGAUUCUAUUUAUCCCGUCUGCAAUUGAAGUGGAGUCAGUUAAAAUUUUCUUCCAAUACAUCAUCAACAGACAAUCAUCAUAAGUUAAACAAUUAUGUAUCUUCAGGCCUUCACCAUUGGACUCGGCCUCCUAACUGCCUUCGCUCAGCCCACUGAGUUACCGAAAGACAAUAUCGACAUACUGGAGACCUUAAUUAAUUGCGUACAGAAUUACAACGCAACUGCGCAUCAAUUGGAAGCGAAAAAAAGUGAUCAUAAACCCCUCGAAGGGCGAUCGAAUUGUCUCGAGUCGUGCUUCAAAGAAUUACGAGAAAAUCUAACAAAAAGCGAAGUCUUUACUCAGAAGGAAGUAGCUGAAAGGAUUUCCAAAGUGUCUUCUGCUGAUAGUCACCUCAAAUCGGCAGUGAUUUCCUGCACAAAAGAUCGAAAUGCCGAAGGGGUUGACGACUGCAAAUCUACAAAGCGUUUACUCGACUGUUUGAAGCAGAAGAUUGAUUGUCCGAACAGAAACGAUUGCAUUUUGAGUAUUCUAUUUACUGUAACGGGCGCUUGAAGGCAAAAAUAGAUGCACUGAUAACAAUGAGAAGACCAUCGCCUAGCAUCAGACCAUAUAGUAUCUAACUGCAGAUGAUUGUGUAUCGAAAGAAUCGACUACUGCAGCAACAUAAGAAGCGCAUUUUUGACUUUACCCAUGAUACUGUUAUAAUUUUCAAUAAACUAUUGAGAGAACUCUCGCUUAUACUACAAACCUAA